AUGGAUGCCUUUGUUCAACGGCGACCUCGGGCCCUCGCCUCUAAACCUGAAUUGCCCCGGCCAAAGUCGCCCUCACCUGAGGAGCCUCCCAUGAAGAAGCCCAAGGUUGAGGAUGGCGCUCCAGAUCACACAGUUGCAACAGAUGCUGUCGGCUGGUUCAAUCAGGACUCUGAUGAAAAACUCGCAGUUGCUUCGCAUGAGGAAGAUGUAGAAUCGGAGAGUCGGGACACUCGACAUCACCAUCCCGCCAUUGAGGAUUCAUUACCACCAGUCGAGACAGACAAGGAAGCCAUCGAAAGAUACGAGUUAUACAAGGCAUCUCAGUCUUCGGAUGUAGACGAAAAGCCUCAGUGGGUCAAGGGUAAAAGCUCCAUUUACGUCGAUGCCUUCAAUCUGGCACUGGAUACAGUGUUGGAAGACGAAUCUCACCUGUUCGACAUGAGAGAACGGACUGUCUUUGACCAAUGGAGGCUCCUUGACUACCAAAGUCAAUAUCUCUACGUUCGUCUUUUCCUCCGUAAGACGUCUGCAUGGCAUCGUUCCGACCGACUCGGAUAUCAUAGUGAUAUCUCGGAUAUGGACACAGCCAUUGCAAGCCUUCAGGAAACAAGACGGCUUCCAGAAGAAGCUCCAAGCUCACAAGACGACCCGGUGAAAGGUGUUGCUCUUGAAGAGUUUGGUCUCGGCGACGACUUCACAUUUGCCGACAGCUCUGAGGAACACAUUACAACGGUGGACGAAGCUGCGACCCUCCUGGGACUUGAAGAGCUCAAGGCUUUGUGCAAAGAAGCCAAGGUUCAGGGGAAGAACAAGGCAGGACUCGUCAAAGCACUAUGCCGCAUGAGCUAUCAACAGGCAGGGCUUAUGUCCGUCGGCCUGCAGAGGUCGGCGAGCGGGAGUCGCAGCAGCAAGGAGCCAUCGCCCGUCAAAGAUUUCUCGCCGGUAGCCUCUCGAUUACCACCGACCUUGACGAAACAAGACUCGAAUCGCGCUCAGCAUUUCUUGGACAAGAUCCUGGCGAUCACAGGCCCCUGUAUCCGACUGUCGCCAUUGACGUACAAGUUAUUCGAGAGGGUGCAUCUUGUCUUUUAUCGGUCAACAGAAUGGACCGAAAAGUCAUUGACAACCAUCAUCCUUGCCAAGAUUGCCCGACGCAAUUUUCCAGAGUACAUUGUCUGUCGAACGUCAAAUAUCUUCAAGUCAAGGAGACAUCUCUUAGAGUUCGAGGCGGGUGUUCGUCUCGAAGCGGAGGUCGAGCAAAUCCUAGAAUUUCAUGGACCACCCGGAAAAGAAGGCUUCAGCAAGGUUAUUGAUAUCUUCGACAGGAUUUACCCUCGAUGGCAGGUGCUCAUUCAGAAAGAGCUCAUCAAAGAAGCCACAGUCUACGAUCCAGGGGAAGGAGCCUAUCUGAGGCGAUUCACACCGGUGCAUUCGUAUACACGCAUCAUCCACAAGGCUACAUCGGUCCUCGGCCGCCUGAAGGAGCACAAGAAGGAGCAUGAACUCCUCACCGAACUGCUCGACCAGAAUCUGUUCCACCCGGCGCGGCGCGGGAGCUGGUAUCAACGAAAAGCUCUGCUGGAAGAACACUACAUGCAUGCACUCGACCCGGCUCCCGUGUCUGAAAAUCUAGAAAAGCAGAAGAGGCACUGGAAGAGAAUCGCCAUGUCGACAUGCGAAGCCGGACUCCAGGACAAUGACUGCCACGUCAUCUUUCACUACGACUUGCAGAAGCGCCUGGUCAAGAUUGAAAAGCAGCUUCGCAUCCCAUUUCGUGAGCAGCACGAUUUCGGUCACAUCCGGCUGAAGGCCCCAGAGGAGCACACGGUGGAGGGUGUGCAGCUGAAGGAGGCAGACCCCAUUGGCAAGAAUGGACGUCAGGCCAGCACCAAGACGCAUUGGCUAGAUGAAGAGGAGGACGGGGGUGAAUGCAGUGUUGAGGAGAUGUGCCUGAGCUCAUACCGCAGCAAGGGCUGGAAGGGAUACCACGCCGAAGGAGGCAUCAUCCGCACACUGUUCGCGUACCUCUUUUACGACGUUCUGUUCCUCUACGUUCCGAAUGUAUUUCAGACGGCUUAUCAGACGUGCCCGCUCGACUUGCACACCGACUCUUUCUAUCCGACACGCGCUUCCGAGAUCAACCACCGGCUGGUGGAGAUUGCCAACGGGGCCGCAGAGCGCAUCAUCCGGCAGGUAAAUGAGCGAGAGCGGGACAGGCGGACAUGCGUAGUGGGCUUGAACUGGGAUUACGACGUGGAAGAUUUAAUCGAGCUCGUCGGCUGCUUCAACAGCAGCGCACUGUCCACGAUCUGCAAGGUGAUGGCGCAAGAGUAUCGCCAGCGCGGAGGUGGCAUCCCGGACCUGAUCCUCUGGCGGACCGAGCCUCAGAAGGAGUGCAUGUUCGCCGAGGUCAAGAGCGCGAACGACCGUCUCAGCGAUACGCAGCGGUUGUGGAUUCACGUGCUGACGGGCGCCGGCGUCAGGGUCGCGCUCUGCAAUGCUGUCGCGCGCGAGAUCAAGGUGGUCGACUAA